AUGGCAUUGUUUGGAGAAGUUUCUAAAUUCUUCGUCAUCGGAUUCGUUCUACAAAUUAUUGCGUUGGUUAUUGACAUCGUCGGGUUUGCUUCACCCUACUGGAUUAAAGGGGAAUCGAGCAUUGAUGGGAUUAAGGUAGAAGCGCAUGGAGGAUUGUGGAAAUAUUGCAUUUCCUCAGACUUUUCUGGUCAAGAUGUCUCCAAUUGCAAUCAAGUCGUGACUAAUGCAGGUUGGUUCAAGGCAGUACAAGCUUUUGCAUGCCUUGGGCUUAUUUGUCUGCUGAUUGCUGUUGUCGCACUACCAAUCAAACUUCGUCUGGAUAAAGCCUCACUUCUCCAUUUGUCUGCUGGGUUAACAUUUGCAGGAGCGAUUUGCAUUUUGAUAUCCAUCGCUGUUUUUGCCGCUAAGGAAAAAGAGUCCGGAGCAACUGGUCACUUUCACUUUGCCUUUGCUUUCUGCGUUAUAGCCAUGAUUCUAGCAAUACCAGCUGGGAUUUUAAUAAUAGUUGGAUGA